AUGAUCAUGUUGGAUUCUAUUCCCUCCCACUGCUCUUUCUUCCCACCACAUCGUCUGCGUGCUUUUGUCACCCGUCAUUCUCAUUCGCCAUACUCCCACUCAAAUUCUCAUUGUGUUACUGGCUUUUCUCUUCCAACUCAUUGUGUUACUGGCUUUUCUCUUCCAACUCAUGCUCGUGACCUGGCCUACAAAUUCCAACAACAGGUCUGUGUGAUGUUCCUGCCCUACACAACCUGUAUGCCAACUCUAACAGGUAAGUACCCUUUCCGACGAGGCAACAACAAUGUGGACGAUCCUGAUCGACAACGACCACAUGACGAUGACCGCUCGAUGACGACAGGUAACGACUGCGUGAUGACUGCCCCACGACAAUGGCACGCCGACCACAUGCAACCACGACCACAUGCAGCAACAUGUGGUGACACAACGUUGGCCAGGAUUCACCACCACCCCCAUCAACACCAAGGAUGGUUCAGCACCCCGUCCCAACACCGACGACAGCUCACCACAUAA